UCUUUCCAUAUUGACUCUAGCUUCCUCUUUAAAAUAGGCUGUGUUACGAGUAACGUCUUAGCCUCAGCAUCCGGAAGUUCCAAAGAGAAUAUUUCACGUUGGAUAGAAUUUUACAUAUACCAUUGUUUUGGCAGGUUCAGCCCUCCAGAUCCUAACAUCAUGGAUUCAGUUCCAACACAACUGAUCUUAGUCCUCACUUUGCUGCUUUUGAUCCUGCCUGGCGUUGAAGCAGUCGAAGCUGGAGAUGCGAUUGCACUCUUAUUAGGUGUGGUUCUCAGUGUUACAGGCAUCUGUGCUUGCUUGGGCAUAUAUGCAAGAAGGCGAAAUGGACAGAUAUGACUUUGAAGGACUCUUCUGAAUUAGACUUCACCCUGACCAUUGUGCUGAAAACCCUUGUGCUGUUGAGGCCGAACCCAAGAUUUGCUCUCUCCUGUCCUCAGAAAGAGGGUUACAGUUAGCCGAGCGUUAACACCCUCAGUUAAGAGGAUGCUUUCCUGUUCAUACUUGUUUCUCCUCUGAUGGGAGCAGAUGGGGUGGAGGGAGGCUCUUAACAACAAAGAGUGCAGUAAUAAUGUGGCCCAUAAUUUGUAUUUGCUGCUUGGGAGGUGGCCAAAGCGAGAGGGCUUAAGUUUGCAAAAGUAUUAUCUCAUACUUUGAAAGUGUUUGUUCAGAAUCUCGUAAAUCUACAUCGUUAUUAUAAUCACUGCCUCUUGCAUUCUGGGGGUUCUCUCCUUCAUUUGGGGGGUUGGGUUGGGUUUUGGAUUUGUUUUUUUGUUGUUACUGUUUUCUUUUUAAUGCUUCUGUUUUUAACCUAGUUGUACUUAGCUCUUAAUAGCCAAAAAUUGAAACUUUUAACUCUGAGGAAAAGUUUAAUAAAAAUGUAUUAAACAUAACUAAUACUAAAAUGGUGAAAAUAUUUGUUAAAAAAAUAACUAUACAUUAAUUGAGUGCCUUC